AGAAAAGUCGGUAGGCCGCAGCGCUUUCCGCCACUUUCUAAUCUAAAACGAAAAGUCUCGAAUCGCCUGGAAUUUUCGCUGAAAUUCUCUAUUAAAAGGAAUUCCGACCAGUUCUGCAGAAUCCCUUGUUCAAUUUAUUUGCAAGAAACGAAGGUUGUGAUUUAGUUAGAAUAAGAAACUAUGGCCAAAGACGGACCCAACUGGGAUGGAUUGCUGAAGUGGAGCAUUGCUAACUCUGAUGGAACUCGACCUACUCGUAAUUUAAGUGAGGAAGAUAAAAGAUGGUUUAUGGAAGCAAUGCAAUCGCAGACCGUUGAUGUGAUUAAGCGAAUGAAAGAGAUAACUAUGGUUAUGCAAACUCCAGAGCAGGUUUUGGAAGCUCAAGGAGUUACAGCUGCUGAUAUCGAAGAUAUGUUGGAUGAGUUGCAAGAGCACGUUGAGUCUAUUGACAUGGCAAAUGAUCUACACUCAAUUGGUGGUUUAGUCCCUCUCCUUGGUUAUCUGAAGAAUUCACAUGCUAAUAUUCGAGCCAAAGCUGCAGAAGUCGUAUCCACCAUUGUACAAAAUAAUCCCCGGAGUCAACAGUUGGUUAUGGAAGCAAAUGGCUUAGAGCCUCUCCUUUCCAAUUUUGCCUCUGACCCUGAUGUAACUGUUCGAACCAAAGCACUUGGUGCAAUAUCUUCCUUGAUCCGCCACAACAAACCCGGUAUUGCUGCAUUUCGACUUGCAAAUGGUUAUGCAGCCUUGAGAGAUGCUGUGGGAGCUGAUAGUGCAAGAUUUCAAAGGAAAGCCUUGAACUUGAUUCAAUAUCUACUGCAUGAAAAUCAUUCAGAUUGCAAUGUUGUAAACGAGCUGGGGCUCCCUCGUGUAAUGUUGCAUCUUGCCUCGAGUGAGGAUGCAGAAGUAAGAGAAGCUGCUCUUCGUGGUCUCCUUGAGAUUGCCCGGGACAAGACAGGUGGGAGUAAUGGUGGUUUAGGUGAAGAAGAUGAGAAGCUGAAGCAAAUUCUCGAGGAACGAAUUAAAGGUAUCAGCUUGAUGUCUCCUGAAGACCUUGGGGCUGCUAGGGAGGAAAGGCAGCUUGUGGACUGUCUGUGGAGUACAUGUUAUAAGGAGCCUUCGUCCCUUCGAGAGAAGGGACUUUUAUCACUUCCUGGUGAAGAUGACCCUCCACCUGAUGUUGCCAGCAAGCAUUUUGAGCCUCCUCUCAGAGGUUGGGCUGCAAAUCAUACUGGCGAUUCAAAGCCCAGUGUGAAAAAGCAGGAGGCUCCUCUAUUAUUAGGACCAAUCCCUCCAAACUGACGGAAACCAAUAUUCAAGGUACCAGUACAAAAAAUCAAACUGAAUCUGAAAGGGGCUGGGAAAUCUUCACCUAUAGGCUGAAGCCGUAGGCUAGUUUAUUUAUCAUAUCCUGAUAAAAUUAGCACUAGAUUUGUUUAUUUUCACACUGUUUUUCCUUAUUGCACGCUGUUAUAUGCCUCUGGGUAUGUGUAUUCUCCUUUGGCUUAAUGGAAAAAUUAUUAGUGAGAUGUAAA